GAAGGAGGGGGUGGAGCGAGAGCAACGAAGACCGGUUGGCCCCGCUCUCGCGAGACAAGAGAGUCAGUCCCGCCUUGGCGCGGCGGCAAGAAGUGCACAUGCGCGUUGGUGGGUUGACCAGUUGUUGGGGGCGCAGAGGAGAGAAACUGAGAGUGUUUGGUCCAGUUAGAAAGACUCGCGGCUGUCUCCGCCCUUUUUUGUUUACCGUAAAACCAUCAAAUUCUGAAAGCUCUCUUUCUGCCUCCUUGAGGAGGAUGUGAGGUGGAAGUAGUAGUCCUCCCAAUGUGUUCUGAAGGAAUCGUGGCGACGCGGCUUGGAUAAGUUCUCUUUAACUUUGUCCCCGCGAAGAACAAAUUCCGUAAGGGCCUCACCCUUACCCCAGCGUCACCUGCGUGGAAAGGGCGCCACGUGGUUUGAUCACCAAAUGCGGGGAAGGUUUCUCUUGUCCACCAUGUUUGCGUUAUGCAGUAAAAAUAGAACUGUUUCCUUCCUGCUAUGACACUUAAGAGUUCCCAUUAGGGCCCGAUUUCUGCGCUUCGGCCAGGGCUCCUCUUCCCGCGGCCUGGGCACUGCAUCGCCGCAGCAACCCCAAUCGGGCCUAGUUCGUGUGCGCAACGCUGGCAGCUAGUCAUAAAGGCUACCAACAACUUUGAGAGCAAAAAGAACUUGCAAGAAAAAUGAAGCUCCCUGUUUUCAUAGCAGAUGCAUUUACAACAAAAGCAUUUCGUGGGAAUCCUGCUGCUGUUUGCCUCCUAGAAAAUAAAUUGGAUGAAGACAUGCAUCAAAAAAUUGCAAGGGAAAUGAACCUCUCUGAAACCGCUUUUAUCCGAAAACUGCACCCAACAGACAAUUUUACACAAAGUUCCUGCUUUGGAUUAAGGUGGUUUACGCCAGCGAGUGAGGUUCCUCUCUGUGGCCAUGCUACCCUGGCUUCUGCAGCUGUGCUGUUUCACAAAAUGAAAAACAUGAACAGCACGCUAACCUUUGUCACUCUGAGUGGGGAGCUGAAGGCCAGAAGAGCAGAUGGUGGCAUCGUCCUGGACUUGCCUCUUUAUCCAGCCCACCCACAGGACUUCCAUGAAGUAGAGGACUUGAUAAAGACCGCCAUCAGUGACACACUGGUCCAGGACGUCUGUUAUUCUCCAGAUACCCGAAAGCUCCUUGUCCGGCUCAGUGAUACUUAUGACAGGUCAUUUCUGGAGAACCUCAAGGUGAACACGCAGAAUCUGCUGCAAGUUGAAGACUCAGGGAAGGUGAAAGGGCUCAUUCUCACCCUUAAAGGAAAGUCUGGCGGGCAAACGCAAGCAUUUGACUUUUACUCCAGAUAUUUUGCACCAUGGGUUGGUGUAGCUGAAGACCCUGUUACAGGGUCUGCACAUACUGUUCUCAGCAGCUACUGGUCCCAACAGCUGGGGAAGAAGGAGAUGCGUGCCUUUCAGUGUUCCUGCCGAGGAGGCGAACUGGAGAUUUCACUGCGUCCAGAUGGGCGGGUUGACAUUCGGGGAGGGGCUGCUAUUGUUUUGGAGGGCACGCUGACGGCCUAAAGGUGCUUGUGCUGAGAUGCUGCUAGACUGACUAGGUAUUUUCUGCACAAAGAGAAAUGUAAACGGGGCUGCCUUUAGCAAACUUGUGUAUCAGUCUACUUAAUCCUUGCUUUGGGAAUAGAAAAAUGAAGGCAUAUUAAUGGGGAUUUAAUACUGCUUCCUGGCUAAUUACCUACUGGAGUUUUGGCUCUAUCUAUAAAUGUAUUUAAAAUGUAGGUAACCAGUAACAAAGGAUAAGGUUGUCACUUCUUUUGGUUAUGACUACCAAUCAGAAAAUGAGGAAUAAAUUUAUGAGGAGUGGGUUUAAAUCAUUUAAAUUGAGAAGUGAGGACCUGACGGGCUAUUUUGCAGCCGUUAAAAAGACUCAGAAAAUAUGUGGAAAUAUAGAAAAAUAUUUUGAAAAAUAUGGUAGGCUAUAAAAUGUUAUGCUAUGUCUAUGGAGAAUUAUGAAUUUGCAUGGAGAAGCAUGUGACCUGAAGAAAAAAAAAGUGGAAACAGUUCACAUGUAGGGUGAUAGUGAUUGAAAGUAAUUUUAAUGUAUCUAAAAUAUUAUUUCCUUUCUUGUUGCACUCAUGUGUAAUAACCCCAAAUCAGGACAAAACCCAGAAAAUAAUAAUAAUGAAAAAGAAUGUGUGUAUUAGGCUACCUGCUGUGGUCAUAAAGUUAAACAUUAAAUGUAAUAUAAUCUGUCAA